AUUCUUCUUCCACCCGUAAAAUUGCAAUUCCUGCGGACCAUUCUUGACUGAGUUUAGCUAGAAUGGUCUCCGAAUGUCUGUCUCCAAAUACUCUGAUGAGCAACGCCACCGCGGCCAGCAGUUACAUGGUCAAGGUCGAUGAUUCUGACGAGUUGAAGGACAUUUGUAUAAAGUACGUCCCCUUCUGGGACAAGUUUGGCCACGGGGACAUCCAGGUCCACAAGAUUACGAGUGCAAUGACAAACAGAGUCUACAGGGUCCAGGUGCUUGAACCCAGGAAGGACUCGUUGGGGGCACACAAAGUGUUGCUGAGACUCGUAUACCCGGAUGAACUCGUUUCCUUCGAUAUGGAGUGUCAAAACGAGGUGCUUGAACUGCUGAGCUCCCACGAGUUCUCUCCCAGACUUGUGGCAGCGUUUCCAGGAGGACGCAUAGAGCAGUGGCUGGACGGGUACAUACUCUGUACGGGCUCUUUGCAGAACAUCUCGCUACUCACGUCCGUUGCAGCCAUCCUGGGCAAGUUUCACAGGACAGUUAGUGUAGUCGCCAAGCCGUCUUGGAGCAGGAAACCAAUGGUUGAUAGGAUAGUUGAGCGGUGGCUCCCGCAUGUCAAAGUGGCUGUACAAAAGUGUGGAAUGGACGUAGACGUGGACAAAUUAUACAGGGCGUUUGAUGUCUACAAGAAGGUUAUUGCUAAGCAUUCUGAGACGUCCCAGUCCUUCUCCAACAAGGUCGUCUUUUGCCACAAUGACCUGCAUAUUAAAAACAUUGUAGCGACUUACACUGGGCUGCGCUUCAUUGAUUUCGACUAUGCCGGCUUCAAUUAUGCCGGGUAUGAUGUCGCCAACUUUUUCGCGGAUAUGCCAUUCUGCUACGUGGACCAGUCUCCGUCCUUUAGAGUUGAUGAGUCGCUUGAGCUUUCCAGGGACCUCAAGGUUCUUUUCGCCAGUGUAUAUCUCUCUGCAGCCACUGGAUCAAAUGUGCUACCAUCUGACUCUGAGACUAUCGACGAGUUUCUGAAAUCAGUCGAGAUUCACACUCUGGGACCCGUGCUCCUCUGGUCCCUUUGGGGCAUCCUCCUGGCCGCUAGACCCGAUGUAGACAGUGAUUUCGACUAUCUCUCAUACAGCAAGGUUAAGUUUAGUCUCUUUGGAAAGGUGCUGGAGGAAAGCGGACUGGGAUACGCUCUCUAG